UUCUCUGUAAUACUGUUAGUACCUUACCAUUGAAUCCUAGAUCCUUCCCACCAGAUAUUGAGUGAUUGUAUGUAGGGGUUCAGAUUCUUCCUAGUCUUUCUUUGUUAGUGUAGCACAAACAACCUGAAGUAAGUAUACCUGUCUUGAAUAUACGUAUAUGGGUGCGUUCCGGGGUUUCGUGACAUUCAUUUUCUUCUCUUCUAUAUCCUUUACUUGGCACAUUGCCAAAAGUACUGCUAACUGACCUCCUUUCACCUCCCCUUUCCUUUUUUCUCACCUGUCCGCCAGCCGCCACCAGACACCAGGAAAUGUUUGCGGUUGCGUAUAUGGGUGGGAGUAAGGUGACCUUGGGAGGGUCAACUGGUUGCCAGGUAGGAAUCCAUAGGAUAUUACAGUAGAGUAAAUUAAUUAUUUUGUUAAUCAAUGUGUAGUUUUAUUUUGUACGAUAUCACUUUUUUUUCGGUCUUCAGGAUGGUAACAUGCAGGUGCGGUACGAGUGUCACUCUCGGUGAGUUGCAUCAUGGCUCAUUUCCUGCCUGCGUAAGGUGACGGCCAAAGCGAGAACGGGGCGGAUAAGACUAAGCUGACCUCUUGCCCUCUACUUACCGCGAGUGCAACCGUAAUGACAGGAGAAAAUAAUGCGAUAUGGGAAGUCGCUGUUGUGACCUGGCCUCCUCGCCAACGGUGACCCGCGUACAAAACGCGAUGGGCGGGACGUUCUUUGCCACUCAUUUGUGAGAAACCAUCGGUAGAGCACACUAGUGCCGACCGUCAGCUGCUGACAUACUUUAAGAUACUUGACGUGAAGUCUUCGUGGUUCAAACAACGGACAGAGCGUGUAGAAAAUGGAGUCGCUUAGUUCAUAAAAGACGCCACGUGUUUGUCCUUACGAGUAGCUGUUGUUACUGAGGUGGUUAUUAUAUGCGAAACAAGAAAGAUCGACUCAGUUUUUUUUUUUUUUUCUGGUGUGAAAGAUUCCUGAUUGGGUGAUGUAAAUGUUGUCAAGCAGCAGCCAGAAUGGAGUCCUUGUUACUGCUUCUGCUAGUAACCACUUCAGUGAUGUCUCUGGAAGCCAAAAACUGGCCAUUUGUUGGAGUAUGGACACCCAAGGGUGUGACAGAGGACAUGCCAAGGUUACCUGGACUUGACACCUCCAGUCUUCAAGCUGAUGAAACAAAACAAAAUAAUCAGGAAACCAAAACUCUUGAUGAUCUUCUCUCACCUUUUGGUUCCCUCAGAUUAUCAACACUUGGGGUGCAUGCACUCUUUCCCCUGAUGUUGGCCUUCACCCUCUAUCUUGGUCUGGUACUGUGGGCCUCCUCUACCCUCCACAAAGAAGACUACCAACUCUACCAAACCAUCUCAGAGUUGAAUGCAAAAACAGACCAAAUUUCUGAAGGCCUGGCAGCACUUGCACAAAUGUACAUAGACAACUACCCCUUUGCCUACAGAAGUAACCCAAGGAGUCAAGAUCAUCAUCUGCAGAAUCCCUCCUAAAGAUUCACCAUGUAGGAUUUCAAGUAUAAUAUUUUUUUUUUUUUUUUUGUGUGUGUAACUGUGCAACUGACUCAUACAGUGUCAUUUGUGAGGGAUAUUGGUCUGAUUUACAAAUAGAUAUCAACUUAUUACAAACUUUGUUAGAUGGUUUAUGGUAUAUUAGCAGAGACUGUCAUGUAGAUUUGAAUAUUACUUAGUACAAUAACAAAACUUACUCUGAUGCUUCUCAAGAAGAGAGGAUGGCAUGUAAACCUGAAUUUUCUAAAUGUCUGGUUGAUCAUUUACUAAGUAGUAAAUACAAAACUCAAAUAUAGUAUCUUCGUGCCAAUACAAUGAAUAUAAACUACAUAUCUUCAAAUUAACACUGGCAGCUCCAAAGGGCAUUCGGCAGGGAAGAAAACCUUGCAUAAUAAUUCUGAAAGGCAUGUGUUACUUGAUAACAAUUUGUUAAUCUCCAGGGAUAUAUGCAACUUAAUUGUUCUUUCUUUUGCUUUUAUUUAGUAUUUCCUCAGAUGACUUCAUUACCAUGGCUUAGAUGUAUUCACUGCCCCACCAGGCAGCAGAUGUGUGACUCAAAAGGGUCAGCAAGGCACGAGAGUUUGUUCUACAGUGGAAGGGAGCCUCAUCCUUAUCUGACAUUCCUAGGUACUUGGUUAGCAAAGGCCUUGAAGAAUGAACUUAAUCUGCCAUAAUAUCUCCCUGCCUGAUGUCAUGUGUUGCAUGACAUGUUUAUGACUAAAUUUUCCCAUUAUCUGCCAUGGCAGCAGGUCUGGAUGCAGGCUAUUCAUAAAUUACUACACUUCUCCCAAUCACUACAUUAACACUGAGGUGUCCAGGCAGCUCCCUGCACACCUGUCCUCUACUUAGGCAAAACUGUAUGUUGUUCAUAUUGUGGUGCUUCUCUUCAAGGAUGUGUAUUUCUUUGUUGAUGGUCAGGCUACCCUGUAUGCCCUCUAGAGGGAUGGUGCCACGGUCCAUUUCAGCAGGAUACCCUCUCAUGUGGGUAUCCAGUUUAGAGAGAAGGUAGAUCGCCUUUCUCAUUGAAUCCUUUAGGAUGACAUGGUGGACUUUGGCACUGAGUGCUAGAUUAUCUUAAUUAUUAAGAGUAGCAUAAAUGAUUGUACAUGAUAACAUUAGUGAUCAGUUUGAGCUUUGUUGCCAUAGAGGUAGUACUAACAGUUUUCACUAUGUACAUGUCUUUCAGAGCUGUCAAUACACCUAUGAGAAACAGUGCAGCUCAGGACAUGGCAAUACAGCUCAGAUUAUGAUUUAGUAUGUAUUUUUGGGAAUUUUGUGAUUUUCCUGGUGUUAGCUGCACCCAGGAGGACACACUAUGCAUCACCAUAUCAUGGAAUGUCUACUCAUUCUUAAAUUGAGGCCACAGGGUCAUUUCCUAGACUCUGCCAUUCUUGGGAAUAUUUUCAAGGAAUACCCCAAGUUUGCCACCAAGUUGUGAUGCAGUUUGUGUAUCUUAUUUAGUCUUUCACUCCUAAUUCUGAUUCUCUCAAGAUUCAAUGACAUUUGUAUUGCAAUAUUUUUCUAUCUUCUGUAUUUAUUGGAUUGUCAUGCUGUCAUUCAUUAUUUGACCAGGGUGUGGGUGGCAAACUCCAUCCUCCUCCUGUGAUAUAUAAUCUCAUCCAACAAUAAACAUAUCAAUCAA